UAUCAAAAGAACCAUACAAAAUUGGGCUGCAAUAAUUUUGAUCGAAAAAAGGCUUAAAAUCAGGAUAAAAGUCGAGAAAUUAGCGAUUGCCGUGUAAUAUGCAUGCCCGUGCAGACAAAUAUCGCAUAGGGUGACGCGGGGAACGCGUAUUUACGGCAGCAAAUUGAAAUUGAAAUCACGACGCUCAGUGCAUCCAUUUAAAAAUCAUAAACAAUUAUACGCAUUUGAGGAAAAACGGGCGAAAAAGUGCUGAAAAGUGAGUGAAAGCCCGUGCAACGGCGCAUUUGGGCGCGUCUUUAGCGAGUAAAACGUAAAAAAACGCCCGAAACGCGGGCCCAAAGACACUAAAAGUGCGAAUUAAUUAUUAUUGUGAACUUUUCCAUCUACGCAAGGUGCAUUUUAUUCAACGCGUACACACAUACACACACGACACGUACGCGACACGGGAGUGAACGAUAAGAAAGAAGACGAAAAAAAAGUGAAAAAAGCGAGAAAUUGAUUAAGGAAAAAAAGUCGAGUGCCCCGACGCGGGGCGCCACAAUGGAUUUUGUGUGUUUUCGUGGAGCGCGAAACGCGAAUUAACUUAAUUCUCGAGUGUCACGGACAAAAAUGAAGGAGAUGGUCGGCGGAUGCUGUGUAUGUUCCGACGAAAGAGGCUGGCCAGAGAACCCUCUAGUUUAUUGCGACGGCAGUGGAUGCACUGUCGCCGUGCAUCAAGCCUGUUAUGGCAUCGUAACGGUACCUACGGGACCGUGGUUUUGCAGAAAAUGCGAAAGUCAGGAGAGAGCGGCGCGCGUUCGCUGCGAAUUGUGCCCGUCGCGCGACGGUGCCCUCAAGAAAACCGACAACAUGGGCUGGGCUCACGUUGUUUGCGCUUUGUACAUUCCCGAAGUGCGUUUCGGCAAUGUCACCACGAUGGAACCCAUCAUUUUGCAACUCAUACCUCCCGAGAGAUACAAUAAGUCUUGUUACAUUUGCGCGGAAAUGGGCAAGGGAAAUCGAGCGAGUGCUGGCGCCUGUAUGCAAUGCAACAAAUCGGGAUGCAAGCAACAAUUUCACGUCACGUGUGCCCAACAACUCGGGCUCUUGUGCGAAGAAGCGGGAAAUUACUUGGAUAACGUCAAAUAUUGCGGUUAUUGUCAACAUCAUUACAGUAAAUUGAAAAAGGGCGGCAACGUGAAACCAAUUCCUCCGUACAAGCCCAUAAGUCACGCCGAGCAUUCAAGCGAUGCUCCAUCGUCGCCGGAAAAGGAAGCUGAAUCCCUCUCGAAGGCAUCUUCAUCGUCCUCUUCCUCCCGCCAAACCACCGAUCCCGCGUCGUCAUCCUCCAAACAGCGCAAAUCCAGCAGUACAUCCAAAAACGCUGUCAGUGCUUCGGGCACCGCGCCAAUUUCCAACUCCCAAACCUCCUCGAACAGCAGUACGACGAGCAGCAACAGCAGUCACCCGUCGUCGUCGACAUCAACGUCAUCCUCGAGUGGCUUCGGCUCGGGCUCGUCGUCAUCCUCAUCCUCAAAAACCUCCUCAUCAUCCUCCAAUAGUUCAUCCAAAGACAAAGACAAACACGCAAAGAGCACGAGUAAAACGAGCAAAACGCACGAAAAAGAAUCCUCGUCGUCGUCGUCGACGUCAGUCUCGCAAAAUUCCUCCUCCACAAAAUCAAAAUACUCCAAAAGCAGUUCGUCGUCGUCGUCGUCCUCGAGUAACAACAAAGACGAUCUUUCGAGCACGAACAUCAGCUCAACAACUAGUCAUCAAAACAGCAAAACGACAAACGAGCAAAAAUCCGAGAAACCAGCUUCGACGACGUCAAAUCCGAUUUUGCAACCGGCACGACUUAACGUCGUUUCGCCAUCAAUGGGCAGUAUUAGUAGCGUAAAUAAGCAAGAGAAGCACGACGGCAUGUCGAAUAACAGCGGAAAUGGCAAAGAAUCGGGUUUCGGGCAAAAAUUCACGACGUCGAAUUUCACGCAAUCGAUUGUCAUGAAGUCAGAUUCGGUAUUUGGGAAUGGCGGAGAUGCGAAACCGCCAACGUCGUCGUCCUCGUCGACAAGUGCAACAACAACCAAUAACAUGAGCAGUAGUAGCACGAAGAAACGCAAAUCCGAUGGAAGACUCACGAGUGGAACGAAUGUUGAUGAGAUUAACAGAGAUAUUAUUACGAAAGAUUUGUCAGUUACGUUGACGCCAUUGACGGGAUACGACAAACUUGAGGCAACAGAUCCAGAAAAAAGUAUCAAGAAGUUUUGUAUUUCUCAACCGAAAUCCGAGACAACAGCGGGAGUUUUGUCAGCAACGUCAGAACCCGCGAUACAAAAUCUAACGCCAAACAUCGUGUCAUCGAAACAGCAACAACAACAACAAAACGUGCAAUCAAACAAUUCCGCCGCGAAUCUCGUGACGGGCAAGCAACAUUCGAAGGAAACAAGUAGCCAGCAACCGGCAACAUCUACACCUAGUCUCGUAGUAUCUGUUCCCCUUUCAACCGCUAAUGUACCUGGUGUCAACCUUAGUAGUAACAAUAAUAAUCUAUCCGUACCAUUUGCACAUCAACCGCAACAUUCGUCAGCAACGCCGACGAGCAACGCAUAUCAGGCGCUGAGAAAUGAAUCUGGAAGUGUGAACUCAAACAUGAUCGAACGUCAAUCGCCGCUCAUUCAACAUCGAACAGCUUCGCCGGCAGUUCAUUCGAUAUCGCCCAUCGAUCAUGGCAUGGUCCACGGAGCGCCUGUACAAAAUACAAAUAUGAUGGAGACGAAUAGCACAAUGCUGAAAUUCACGUAUGAGAAGCAUCCGAACUCGAGACUGACGUCGUUGCAGGAAGAUGAGGCGCCAACAUCGCGACGAUCGAGAUCGCAUUCGAUCGACGGGAAUAACGGUGGCGGUUCAAGUAGUAGUAAUAAUCCAAGUAGCGCUCCUGUCACAAAUAACACGCAAAAAUCCAAAGGACGUGUCUCGAAGAAGCGUGGCUCGAAUGCCGUCGCCACGCCCGACCCCAUUGAGUCUCCCACAAAUGUCGCAAGUAGUAAUUGUAGUAAUAAUCCGGCGACAUCCGGACAAAGUUCUGCCGUCAACUUGAAUAACAAUUCAAGUAGCAGCAACUCCAAUGAUCACAAUGCUCCGGCGUUGUCGGCAUCUCCGGCUCCGCCCGCAACAUCCAAGAAAAUGCGUCGCAUGUCGACAAUUGAAUCAUCAUCCUCACCUUCUACUUCCAGAACGCCCGACGUCAUGUACAGCUCAAGUUCGUCAUCCGGCUUCUCGGGACUCAAAUUUGGCUACGAAUCGCAAGCGCCGACGACAAAUGUUCCCGCAUCGCAACAACAACAACAACCGACCGUCGUUAUUACGCAAGCGACAAUUAAAGAUUCGCCUCCAAGCAGUCCGGGAUCCGAAAUUGGCACGAAAAAACCUUCGAAGAAGCAAAAAACGGGAACAGCAACGAUCACAAAUACGACGACAGCGGCAGUGUCGCCCGUGGAAACGAAAGAAAAUAAACUUUUUCACAACGGAAUUCAUGCAGCGGCUCACAUGUUGGGAAAUCAACUCAAUCCAAGCAGCAGUAUGGCUCCCAAAUUGACGGAUACGUUGAACAUGGAGAUCGAAACGCAUCUUGCGAACGCAACGCCGCUUACGGAUCCCACAAAUCUCGUUGGACCUACUUAUCCGGGCAAAUUACAAGCAAAUCGAUCUUCUGUUUUGGCAUCACAUGGCAGCAACACACAAUCACUCAGUAGCAUGUUAGCGGGCAGUACAUCAGCUUCCGGAAAUACUCCUCAAAGUUUAGAACAGCUUUUGGAACGACAAUGGGAACAAGGCUCGCAAUUUCUUAUGGAACAAGCGCAGCAUUUUGAUAUUGCUUCACUUUUAUCAUGUCUCCAUCAACUAAAAAGUGAAAAUGUGAGAUUAGAAGAACACGUCACAAGUUUAGUCGCUCGACGAGAUCACCUCCUUGCUGUCAAUGCGAGACUUGCAAUUCCUCUAAAUCCGAACGCACAAUCAGGACAAGGACAUUUUAACAACAUGCAUCCCGCAAUAAAUGGCCCAUCAUCCGUCGAAUCGACUGUCGUGUCAAUCACGUCGAGCAAUAGUACGAGUCAAUCGAGUGUCAGUAGACAACGAUCCAGCAAUUCGCAACAACAACAGGCACAACCAGCGAUGAAUGCGCAAUCCCAACAGCAAUACAGCGGUCAACCGUUACCAUUAGAGAAUGGUAUUGAUUUUCGGCACAGCUCGCGCGAACAAGUUUCGGCACAACAAAUUGUCAGACAUUCAAGUGGUAGUCAAUCGUACAGCAGCAAUUCGAGCAGAUCUGGAUCGAUGACGGGACGAGGAGUUUACAGUGCACAUCAAGCAACGAUUCGUCGUGACGACGUGAAACCCAGCUGAAAAAUUCAUCCAGACACGACAAAUGCCGUCAAAACGUCAUCCGCAAAGACAAAAACCAUGAAAAUGGUUACAAAUUCUAGCGUUAAGAUAGUCGAGCAAGUAACAAAUUACAUUAAUUUUCUUGAAAUUGAACAAAAUACUUCUAAAAAUGUCCGGUGUCGCGACGAUACUCACAAAAAAUCCGACAAAUCCAAGUUUUUUGGAAGCCACAAACAUCAACCGCAGCAAAAAAUGCAGAAAAAUGUCAACUUUGAGCAGCGAAAUCCCGAGAAAUGUGUUAAGAUGCAGGAACAAAAAAGCAAAUUAUUGAAUCAUAGAAAAUGUACAUGUAAUAGAAACGAUGACGAUAAGACUGCCAUAAUAUGUGAAGCUCAUGCCAAAUUAAACAAACACUUUUCCAUUGAUUUUUUACUGAAACAUCCGCCGCCGUCGCAAGUGUAAGAUACUAGAUUGUAAAAAAAUCUUAAUUUAAUUUUUUUUUUAAUUUUUCAAGAGUAAGAAAAAAAAGUUUUGGAAUAAAAAAAAAUAAUUUGCAAAAAAAAAACACUUCUCGGAUCGAAAGUUCAAAAAAAAUUUAAAAAAAUGCACACAGGGCUUACUAUUUUUAGCAAUAAAUGUGAAAAAAAUUACGUAAAACAAAA